UGUAGCUUAAUGCUAGUGUAGCUUUUAAUGAAACUGAAGCAGUGGUACAAUACUGUAAUCCUUUCUACAAUUAUUUUCUUUUUCUCAGACAAGUAACACGAUGAAGCUAAACUGUGUUGAUCUUGACGGGUGUCUGGAGGAGUUCACUCACCUCGAACAGAAAAUUACAGCGGUAAAUGGCAAAAACAACAUGCUGGAGGUCAUGCUGGAGGACGCCAACAGACUCAUGAAGUUCUAUCUGACCAAGGAGAAAAGUCUCAUGGAGGAGAGAGACGUUCUUCUCGUCACCGUGAACAGACUGCAGCAGACUCUGCAGGAGCAGUGCAACCUCAGAAUCGAGAACGAGAGACUGAAGAACGAUGUGGUGGACGUGAAACGGCAGAACGAGAGAACAGCGAAGGACGCGGCGGCCGAGCUGCGGCGCCUCGUCGGUGAGAUGAGGGCAGAAGGAGACGGCCACCAGAGGGCGCUAGAGGCCGCGAGGCAGCAGGGCAGGAGAGAGGCGGAGGACGCCCGCAGGGAGGGGUUCCACCAGCUGGAGGCUAAAGAUGCAGAAGUGAAGGAGCUGCUGGAGAAGAGGGAUCUGGAAGUGGAGGAGGUGAAGAAGAGGCUGAAGGACCAGCAGAGGGAGAGGCAGAGCGAGCUCCUCAAGUUACAGAUGGAGUUUGGUGCGAAGCUCGCCCGAGUUCAGAGCGCGGCGCAGUGGAGCCGGCAGCAGCAGCAGCAGCACGACGGCUCACACCUGCUGCCCCAGAGUGUGUACAGGAGGAAGCUGCAGUUCUUCCAGGAGGAGAAGAACAAGGAGCUUGUGGUUCUGCGUCAGAGGAUCAAAGAGCUGGAAGAGAACCAGCGUGUCGGCGGCUUCGGUGACGGCCGCCUGAAGAAGAGGAAGAUCUAACUUCCUCCCCCCCCCCCCCUCUGACUUUACAAAAGUGACUAAAGUUUACGGGAAAUCGAGAUCAGCAUGGAAGCUAAACUGAGAGUUCCUCAGCGUUCCUCAGUUUAUCUUCCAUGCUGAUGUCUAAACUUCUGUAAACGUGCUGCUGCUCGUCAGCUGGCAGCAGCUUCAGCGCCCGGCGGGCAGGUGACUGGCAGGUGACUGGCAGGUGACCGGCAGGUGACCGGCAGGUGACCGGCUGCAGGGACCGCAUGUACCGGCACAUCCCUGUCUACGGCUUUAAUCCAAUCAGACGCCUGCAUGGGGGGGGGGGGGACACUUCUGGGUGAACGAGUCGCCGGGACGCCUUUAAGGAGAGUUAUACCUGUUCAUCUAAGAGCAAAUAAAUAGUUUGACUUAUUUCCAUGUACUUCAGAUUCCUUGAAGUCAAACUUUUUACAUGUUUACAUUUUAAAGUCCCGAGCUGAACGCCUUCCUCACUGGUUCAACUCCAUUUCUGCAGUCGUGUGUCUACAUACACACGAGUUAGGAUGUGCAGGACUUAAAUAGAUAUUGGAUAUUGAAGUGUGUGUGUGUACAAACUUGAAAGUAAAAAAGCAAGAACGUAACAUAGUUUUACAUCAUUGUGUUUUCAACAAAGCAUAAACCAACUAUUUUAAAGUAGAAGCCUUAAAUCUGGAAAUUGAGAGACUAAUCGAUCAGAAUCUAUUCCUCCUAAAUUUGAAUUUAUUACUCAGAUAUGCCAAAUAGUGCCGAUAGUUUCUCUCGGCCUGUACUCUGAACAUCCUUCAGUUUCAUUACAAACAAGAAACAUGAAGAAAUGAACUUGGCUAUAAUGAGAAUAAUGAAUUUCUGCAGCUGUGAUAAGCUCCCCCCCCCCCCCCCCCUCUACCUGCUCCUCACAGCAGACUUGGCCUUCCUAAGCUCUUCAUCUGCUACUCAGCCGGCGCUGAAGGGGCCAGGGAGCUAAUCGCCAUGGGAACAUCGGGUAACUCCGUUGCGUAACGUCGUCUUCCCGAGAGCGGAGAAGAGAUCACACGCACACACACACACGCGUGUGCGUCGCUGCGCCUGCAGAGCGUGCUGCUCAUACGUGUGGAUACACAAUGUGCACGUUUAGCGCUUGCUGGAUAUUUUUUGGCCUCCGGUUUUUUUGGGUUGUUUUUUUUCCGCUGCCCUGAAGCGACAUUCGGAACCGGAAUCUGCGGAUUGGCCUGCCCCGGAUUAGAGGUCGUGACACCACCUUAAUCCGUCAUCAAAGAGGAGAGAGUGAGGAGAGGCGGAGAGAUGCCGGGGGGAGGCCGGCGGCGGACGCCGCGCAGCCUGAGCUACAGCCUGACGGACAGCUCGGAGGUGGAGCCGGACGACGAGCGGCCCGCCGCACCGCACGCCGACGUGCCAGGACGAGAACGCCAUCAAGGACCUGAUCAUCGGCCGCCG